CUCCUGCCCCGGCCGCGUGCCGCCCCUCCCGGCCCUGCAGCCCCUGGGCGGGGGGCGCCGCUCGGACCCGGCCGGGCCGCGGGGACGAGGAGAAGCCGGCGGGCGGCGUGGAGGAGGCGCCCGGCGCGGCUGGCGGCCCCCGCGGCCCGCGGAGCAUGAGCGCCCCAGAUCCCGGCCAUCCGAACCCCAGAUCAGACCGCGCCUGGCUCGAGGCAGGACAAGACCCAGCCGGAAGGUGUCAAAGUCCGGCCUCGGUGACAGUCUAGUGGCUCCCACUUACAGAGCGCUUUCCACGUGCCAGGAACCGUGUGAGGCGGGCCGGACAUGGACGAGUACAUGGAGACGCUGAAGGACGAGGAGGACGCCUUGUGGGAGAACGUGGAGUGCAACCGGCACAUGCUGAGUCGCUACAUCAACCCGGCCAAGCUCACCCCCUACCUGCGCCAGUGUAAGGCCAUCGACGAGCAGGAUGAAGACGAGGUGCUCAACGCCCCCAUGCUGCCGUCCAAGAUCAACCGGGCAGGCCGGCUGUUGGACAUUCUCCAUACCAAGGGGCAAAGGGGCUACGUGGUCUUCUUGGAGAGCCUGGAGUUUUACUACCCAGAACUGUACAAGCUGGUGACUGGGAAGGAGCCCACCCGGAGGUUCUCCACCAUUGUGGUGGAGGAGGGCCACGAGGGCCUCACGCACUUCCUGAUGAACGAGGUCAUCAAGCUGCAGCAGCAGAUGAAGGCCAAGGACCUGCAGCGGUGCGAGCUGCUGGCCAAGGCGCGGCAGCUGGAGGACGAGAAGAAGCAGCUGACGCUGACGCGGGUGGAGCUGCUGACCUUCCAGGAGCGGUACUACAAGAUGAAGGAGGAGCGGGACGGCUACAAUGACGAGCUGGUCAAGGUGAAGGACGACAACUACAACCUGGCCAUGCGCUACGCCCAGCUCAGUGAGGAGAAAAACAUGGCGGUGAUGAGGAGCCGGGACCUCCAGCUCGAGAUUGACCAGCUGAAGCACCGCUUGAACAAGAUGGAGGAGGAAUGCAAACUGGAGAGAAACCAGUCGCUGAAGCUCAAGAACGACAUUGAGAACCGGCCCAAGCGGGAGCAGGUUCUGGAGCUGGAGCGGGAGAACGAGAUGCUUAAGACCAAAAUCCAGGAGCUGCAGUCCAUCAUUCAGGCCGGGAAGCGCAGCCUGCCGGACUCAGACAAGGCCAUCCUGGACAUCCUGGAGCACGACCGGAAAGAGGCCCUGGAGGACCGCCAGGAGCUGGUUGGCAGGAUCUACAACCUGCAGGAAGAGAUCCGCCAGGCGGAGGAGCUGCGAGACAAGUACCUGGAGGAGAAGGAGGACCUGGAGUUGAAGUGCUCGACCCUGGGGAAGGACUGUGAGAUGUACAAGCACCGCAUGAACACCGUCAUGGUGCAGCUGGAGGAGGUGGAGAAGGAGAGGAACCAGGCCUUCCACUCCCGAGACGAAGCCCAGACCCAGUAUUCCCAGUGCCUGAUUGAGAAGGACAAGUACAGGAAGCAGAUCCGCGAGCUGGAGGAGAAGAACGACGAGAUGCGGAUCGAGAUGGUCCGGCGCGAAGCCUGCAUCGUCAACCUGGAGAGCAAGCUCCGGCGCCUCUCCAAGGACAGCGGCACCCUGGACCAGAGUCUGCCCAGGAACCUGCCGGUGACCAUCAUCUCCCAGAGCUUUGGGGACGCCGGCCCCAGGACCAACGGCCAGGAAGCCGACGACUCCUCAACGUCCGAGGAGUCGCCCGAAGACAGCAAGUACUUCCUGCCCUACCACGCGCCCAAGCGCAGGAUGAACCUGAAGGCCAUGCAGCUGCAGAGAGCCAAGUCCCCCAUCAGCCUGAAGCAGGCGUCCGAUUUUCAAGGCAGGGGACAGGAUGAAGACGGCGGGGACACCAGCCCCAGCUCCUCGGGGGUUCUUCCCAUCACCAGCUCCUUCAGCAAGCAGCCCCACCGGAACCGGAACAGCAUCAUGUCCAUCACGGCGGAGCCCCCUGGAAACGACUCCAUCGUCCGGCGCUACAAGGAGGACGCACCUCAUCGCAGCACGGUGGAGGAAGACGACGACAGCUGCGGGUGUGACGCCUUAGACCUCGAUGACGACAGUCACGAGCACUCGUCCUUCGGGCCCGCCUCCGUCCACUCCUCCUCCUCCUCCCACCAGUCCGAGGGCCUGGACGUCUGUGACCUGGAGCAGGUCACCCUCAUGUUCAGGAAGUUCUCCCUGGAGAGGCCCUUCCGGCCCUCGGUCACGUCUGGGGGGCACGUGCGGGGCCCAGGGCCCCCGGUGCGGCUCACCACGCUGAACGGCGACAGCCUCAUCACGCAGCUCACCUUGGUGGGGGGCAACGCGCGCGGGACCUUCCUGCGCUCCGUGAAGAUGGGCUCGCCGGCCGAGAAGGCGGGCCUCCGCGAGGGCCACCAGCUGCUGCUGCUCGAAGGCUGCAUCCACGGCGAGCGGCAGAGCGUCCCCUUGGACACCUGCACCAAGGAGGAGGCCCACUGGACCAUCCAGAGGUGCAGCGGCCUCGUCACGCUGCACUACAAGGUCAACCACGAAGGGUACCGGAAGCUGCUGAAGGACGUGGAGGAGGGCCUGAUCACAUCCGGGGACUCGUUCUACGUCCGGCUGAACCUGAACAUCUCCAGCCAGCUGGACGCCUGCUCGCUGUCCCUGAAGUGCGACGACGUCGUGCACAUCCGCGACACCAUGUACCAGGACAGGCACGAGUGGCUGUGUGCCAGGGUCGAUCCUUUCACAGACCAGGACCUGGACUCGGGCACCAUACCCAGCUACAGCCGAGCCCAGCAGCUGCUCCUGGUCAAGCUGCAGCGGCUGAUGAUGCACCGGGGAGGCCGCGAGGAGGCUGAGGGUGCCCACCACACACUGAGGGCACUGCGGAACACCCUGCAGCCCGAAGACACCCUUUCAACGAGCGACCCCCGGGUCAGUCCUCGCCUCUCCAGAGCAAGUUUCCUUUUUGGCCAACUGCUCCAGUUCGUCAGCAGGUCCGAAAACAAGUACAAGCGGAUGAACAGCCACGAGCGGGUGCGCAUCAUCUCAGGAAGCCAGCUGGGGAGCCUGGCCCGCUCGUCGCUGGACGCCACAAAGCUCCUGACUGAGAAGCAGGACGAGCCGGACCCCGAGAGCGAGCUCAGCCGCAGCCUCAGCCUCGUCCCCUACAGCCUGGUGCGUGCCUUCCACUGCGAGCGCCGCCGGCCCGUGCUCUUCGCGCCCCCCAUGCUGGCCAAGACGCUGGUGCAGAAGCUGCUCAACUCGGGGGGCGCCAUGGAGUUCACCAUGUGCCGGCCGGAUAUCUUCACAAGAGACGAGUUCCUCAGGAAGCAGAAGACGGAGACCAUCAUCUACUCCCGGGAGAAGAACCCGAACACGUUCGAGUGCAUUGUCCCCACCAACAUCGAGGCUGUGGCAGCCAAGAAUAAGCACUGCCUGCUGGAGGCUGGGAUCGGCUGUGCACGAGAUUUGAUCAAGUCCAAGAUCUACCCCAUCGUGCUCUUCAUCCGGGUGUCGGAGAAGAACAUCAAGCGGUUCAGGAAGCUGCUGCCCCGGCCCGAGACGGAGGAGGAGUUUCUGCGCCUGUGCCGGCUCAAGGAGCGGGAGCUCGAGGCCCUGCCCUGCCUCUACGCCACGGUGGAGGCCGACGCCUGGGGCUCCGUGGAGGAGCUGCUGCGCGUCCUCAAGGACAGGAUCGGCGAGGAGCAGCGCAGGACGGUGUGGGUGGACGAGGACCAGCUGUGAGCCGCGGGCACCGCGUGGAGCAGCGCGUGGGGACCCGGCCCCAACCGGGGCGCGGGGUCACUGUGCCGCCAGGCGGAGCCCACCGAGGCGUCCGGCACCCUGGCAUCGGCAGGAAGGUGGGGCGAGGCCCGGGCCGGGACCCCUGGGGCCGGGGCAGCAGGUGAAUGUAGGCGUGGCCCAGGUGUGCUACCUGUGGGGCGGAGCCGCCAGCCCGGGGUGUGCGUGAGGAGCCCCCCCCCAGCCAGGAACCUCUGGGGAAGAGGGGGCGUGCUGAGCCAUGGUUUCUCUCGCAUUAAAACGUCUGCAUUCCUUUGUUUCCAGCCAUUGUUUUAAUCGGAUGGUUUGCCAGGGUUUUUGGCUCCUGCCGCCCUCCUGUCCGGAAACUGCCCCCUGAAGGCAGCACGUUUGUGUGUAGGGUGGAGGCAGAGCCCCCCUGGCUUUCCCCGGACAGGCCUGCCUCAGGCCUGGGAUUUGGGGGGCAGGGCAUAAUCACUAAUUGCACCCCCUUUGACUCAUGUGUAUCCUGCUUUCUACAGUAAGUCACCCUGGGAAGCCUUUUCUUUCGGCCCCUGCAUCCCCCAGACUCCAGCCCUGGAGGCACCCCCUGGCUCAGCACCCACCUUACACUGUCCCCCACCCCACCCCCUGUGCACUGAGAGGUCCAUCAGCCUCGUGUCAUCCUCCGUUCAGGCAUGGGGAGCUGGGUGAAGCCGAGGGGCUGGGGGAUUGGAGGGAAGCUAAACUUCCUUCCGCAGCAGAGAGCAGAGGCCCUGGGCGUUCUGGAACCCUUCCCCUCCUUGACCCCAAAAGGUGAGGCAGACUUGCCACGUCCAGGCCUGACAAGACAUGGCCCAGCCAGGCCAGGUCGAGCCCUCGGCAGAACACUCAGCUGCAUCCUCCAAAAGUCUGAAGAUUGGGAUGCAAACCCAGGUCUGUCUGUUUGUCCAUAGGAGCCACGCCUGUACUCCUCUUCUUACUGACAGAAUCCCAAGUUCAGUAAGAGAAACUAUGUGCACAGCUAAAGAUCACUUUUCCAGCCUUUCUUGCAGCUGGGGUAAUGAAGGAAAUGUAUGGGAGGUUUGGGGUAAAGACCAACGAGAGAAACAGACCUUCCUCCGGUUUCCUGCCUGGAGUGCCGAUAUGAUGGCUGGAUCUCCAGCAGUCAUCUUUGGAUAUUGAGGUGGCCUUGAGGAUGGACACCAGGCACAAAGGACCAAGGAGCAGAAAGACAGAAGGAGCUGGCGUCCCUGCUGACAUGCUGGAGCCCGGACUGCUGCUUGGGUUUCUUUCAUGUGAGAUAGAAAUGAAUCUUCACCUUGCUCUCAGGUGCUAUUUCUCAGUUCUUUGUUUCUUGCAACCUAGAACAACUCGUAACAGAUAUGGGUACAAACCUUUGCUUUAUAGUUUCAAACACCUCUCCUAGGUUUUUGCCACAUAUUGAAGAAAUGGAUUGUUAAAAAAAAAAAAAAGAACCAUAUCAACUUCUCGCCCUAAGAAACACCACUGUGUGCCUGUAAAAUGAGA